ACCGUUGUCGGAGGCACAGCUCAUAAGAAGUAGCUAACGUCAGUUAGCCUAAUCAACAACAAAAAUGCGACGACGAGCUACAGUAAGAGCUCUAGAGAUGCUGGGUUGUGGUACAAUCACCAGCCCAGGAAUGUCCAGACUCUUACUUGUGUAUACACCGAGAACAAUUCACGUGAAUCCAUUUGCUGUGGGGAACGGAACAAACGAAAGAUUCCGGUCCACGUCCUCAAUGCAAGGAUAUACGGAGUUGGCCAGGGAAAGGUCCAAAACCGUUACUUCAUUUUAUAACCAGUCAGCCAUCGACAUAUCAGCCGAAAAGGCUUCUGUCAGACUUACACCAACUACCCUGCUGUAUGCUGGAAAAUCUCCAGAUGGACACCACGUCCUGAGUAGUGCCAAGUACCUGCACAAAGAAUUGCCUGUACGCAUUGCACACCGCAUCAAGGGCUUCCGUAGCCUACCGUUCAUUAUUGGCUGCAAUCCCACCAUCUUGCAAGUGCAUGAACUAUACAUCCGGGCCUACCACGUGCUGAGUGACUUUCCAACGAUCAAGGACCAAGAGACAGAGGCUCGCUUCAGUAAGCUGGUGCAGCAGCUGCUCGAUGACCACAAAGAUGUGGUCACCAUGCUGGCCGAGGGCUUCAGGGAGUGUCGUAAGCACAUUCAGGAUGAGAACCUGGUUCGUAAUUUCUUAGACACCACUCUGACUUCUCGUCUGGGGAUCCGUAUGUUGGCCACACACCACCUUUCCCUGCAUGAGGAUAAUGCGGAUUUUGUGGGGAUCAUCUGUCGACGACUGUCCCCAAAGAAGAUAAUUGAGAAGUGGGUGGAUUUUGCCAGACGCCUCUGUGAGCACCAGUAUGGCAACUCCCCACGUGUUCGUAUCAAUGGCCACGUGGCAGCCCGCUUCCCAUUCAUCCCCAUGCCUCUGGACUACAUCUUGCCUGAGCUCCUGAAGAACUCCAUGAGAGCCACCAUGGAGAGCCACCUGGACACACCAUACAAUGUGCCUGAUGUUGUGAUCACGAUUGCUAAUAAUGAGACCGACUUUGUGAUCAGGAUAUCUGACCGUGGUGGAGGCGUCCCUCACAGUAUUCUGGAGAAAGUGAUGGACUACCACUUCAGCACAGCUGAGGAGAGCGCCCAGAACCCCCGUAUGAGCAACCUGUUCGACAACAUCACCAACAGUGGUCCUCAGUCGGGUCCCAUGCAUGGCUUUGGCUUUGGUCUCCCCACCUCCCGAGCCUACGCCGAGUACCUGGGCGGCUCCCUCUCCAUCCAGUCCAUGCAGGGCAUCGGCACUGACGUCUACCUGCGCCUGCGCCACAUCGACGGCAAGGGAGAGAGCUUCAGAGUCUGAAGGGGGGCACCUGCCCUAAUGGGGCUGGUUACAGCGUUGGCUUAAGGGUUGAGCUCGGGCCGCCUCAAGCUCGUGUCUGAACAGCCACCCCCACCACAACCCCAAGCUGUUUCAGUGUGGCCCAAAGUCUUUACCUCCUUCUGGGUCACCUUUCUCUUUAUCUGUUCUUUUUUUGUUGUGUUUUGUUUGUUUGUUUGAUUUCAGUAUCUCAAUAACAUGUCUCUACCACAGCAUGCAAAGCAUUUUCUUGAGGGGGAAAGAAAAAAAUCUCACAAAAGUGUUGUUUAAUACUCUUUUUCACUGUGUUAUUAAAAAAAAAAAAUAGCCUUCAGCCUUAAAAAGGGUAAAUGAAACCAUCAGUGUCAAACAACCCAAACGGAGUAUUCCAGCAAAACCUCGGAGGACCGUUUCAAGGAGCCUCUGUACCUCACACUCCAGUGGCUGGGGGGGAGAUGCCGCUUGCCUGGACUGCAGCAAGCGAUGAGUUGCCUUAGGAUUACGACUGAUCGAAUGAACUGUUUAAUCACCUGGGCUGCUGUGUAACCUCUCUUCAUGUCCGAACAGUGACCUCCCUCCCCCAUAUAAAUGUGUGUACCUUUGUGAGAACAGUUGGCAAAGCUUUCAGUUGUCACUUUGGAUUCUCCAUUUCAGCAUUACCUACCGUGUUACACUAGUCCUUUUAGAUUUCAUGUUAUUAGACACAAGAGUAGCCACAUUAACUUUAUGCUUUUGCGUGACCAUAGGAAAGCCUCAUGCACUGUAACUAAUGCUCGACUCGAUGCCUAACCUGCCUGGGAUUGUCAUGAAAAGGUUCUGUGUAGUAUUGGGUUUUUUUUCUUUUUUUUUUUUUUUUUUUUAUGUAGUGAAGUUUUUAUGUUUUGUGUCAGUUUCUCCAGACAAAGAGUGUCAAUAUUUAAAUUAUGAUUUUCUAAGUUGUCAGUUAGCUUGAGUUUUGUGGGUAUGAAAAGGUCACAUUCCAGAAAGGUCAAUUUAAUGUUAAAGUUAGGAAAUGGAGCUUCAUUGAAUCAUCAGAGGUGCAUGUAGCUCUCCUAUAGCUAGGUAUUUUCCAUUUCUUUUCUCACCCUGAUCUCAAUGUCCUUGUAGUUGCAUCAACACGCUGACAGGGACAUUAAGUUUGUGUCAAUAAGCUUUUAUGUGCCUCAGAUUUUGUUCAUUUUUAAGAACGGCCAUGCGUUAAUGUAAUGGUGAUUGCACAUGAUAUUUUUGUUCUUUCGGUUGAUUGCAUGGACAGCAUGUAGUCAACCAAUGGUGGUUUGUAACUCAAGUUUGCCCCCUGCUGGUGAAACAUGCGGCAAAUAAUGCCCAGAUUGAUUAUUCUUUUGACAGGCAUGGGCUGUAGGCCUAUGCAGUAGUUUAAGUAUCAGUUUUGGUGGUCAUCAUGGCAAAUUAAUUUAAUCCUGUAAGCAUAACUUUCUCCUUGUAAUACAUGGCCAAGUAAGUGGCCUGUGUUUGGUAACCAAUGUAGCAGGGAACAUUGGAUUUUGUUGAGUGCUUUUCUAUAGCUGCCGUGUCCAUUGUUCUGGGCAUUAUUAAACUCCUGAAUGAGA